ACAAAAACGCCAUUCGUCAGUUUUCGGGCGAGACGGCAGCGCAGUUUGCGAUUUUAUUGAGCGGACUGCCAAAAGUGUAAAAUGGCUUCAACAGCUAAACAACUUUCAAAGGCUCAGGCCAGCAAGGAACAUGUUUUGGCAGUUUCCCGGGACUACAUCUCCCAGCCCCGUAUCACCUACAAGACGGUGUCGGGUGUCAACGGACCUCUGGUCAUCUUUGACGAGGUCAAGUUCCCCAAGUUCUACGAGAUCGUGCAACUGAAGCUCGCCGAUGGCUCUAUCCGCUCCGGUCAGGUGCUGGAGGUCAGCGGCAACAAGGCCGUGGUGCAGGUGUUCGAGGGCACCUCCGGGAUCGACGCCAAGAACACGGUGUGCGAGUUCACCGGCGACAUCUUGCGCACGCCCGUGUCUGAGGACAUGCUGGGUCGUAUCUUCAACGGCUCCGGCAAGCCCAUCGACAAGGGGCCCCCGAUCCUGGCCGAGGAGUACCUGGACAUCCAGGGGCAGCCCAUCAACCCGUGGUCCCGUAUCUACCCGGAGGAGAUGAUCCAGACUGGUAUCUCCGCUAUCGACGUGAUGAACUCGAUCGCCCGUGGUCAGAAGAUCCCCAUCUUCUCCGCCGCCGGUCUGCCCCACAACGAGAUCGCCGCCCAGAUCUGUAGGCAGGCUGGUCUUGUCAAGGUCCCCGGAAAAUCCGUGUUGGACGACCACGAAGACAACUUCGCCAUCGUGUUCGCCGCCAUGGGAGUCAACAUGGAAACCGCCAGGUUCUUCAAGCAAGACUUCGAGGAGAACGGUUCCAUGGAGAACGUCUGUUUGUUCUUGAACUUGGCCAACGACCCUACCAUUGAGAGGAUUAUCACCCCGAGGUUGGCGCUGACUGCUGCCGAGUUCUUGGCCUACCAGUGCGAGAAACACGUGUUGGUAAUCUUGACCGACAUGUCUUCGUACGCGGAGGCUCUUCGUGAAGUCUCGGCCGCCCGUGAGGAGGUGCCCGGACGACGUGGUUUCCCAGGUUACAUGUACACGGAUUUGGCCACAAUCUACGAGCGCGCCGGGCGAGUCGAGGGCCGCAACGGCUCCAUCACGCAGAUCCCCAUCCUCACCAUGCCCAACGACGACAUCACCCACCCAAUCCCCGACUUGACCGGGUACAUCACUGAGGGACAGAUCUACGUGGACCGUCAGCUGCACAACAGGCAGAUCUACCCUCCGGUGAAUGUGCUCCCGUCGCUGUCGCGUCUCAUGAAGUCCGCCAUCGGAGAGGGCAUGACCAGGAAGGACCACUCCGACGUGUCCAACCAGCUGUACGCGUGCUACGCCAUCGGCAAGGACGUGCAGGCGAUGAAGGCGGUGGUGGGCGAGGAGGCGCUCACGCCCGACGACCUGCUCUACCUCGAGUUCCUCACCAAGUUCGAGAAGAACUUCAUCACACAGGGAAGCUACGAGAACCGCACAGUGUUCGAGUCGCUGGACAUCGGCUGGCAGCUGCUGCGUAUCUUCCCCAAGGAGAUGCUGAAGCGUAUCCCCGCGUCCACGCUCGCCGAGUUCUACCCGCGAGACUCUCGCCACUAGACCGCCCCAAAGCCGCCGGCCGCGACUGUACCGACUACUGGAGUUGACUAGAGUGGCAAUGCAUGUACAGGCGUAGACAAAAAUGUUUUGAAUGUAUGAAUAGCGACUCCGAAUCCAUCGUUCGUCUUCCUCCCUUCAAGGGGAUAAAAGGGCUGCUUUCUGGUCAACUCAUUGCGCUAACCAAAUCGAUCAACAAAGUGUUUUGAAAAUCAUGUCUAUAGUAUUACAAAUGCAUUUUUGAAACGUAUGGGUUGAGGAAACGUCCGGCCGCGGUCCUAUUGUAAGAUAAAAAAAGAUAUUGUUUAUUAGUAAGUUGUUAAUAGUUUAUGUAAUGUGUAUUCUACUAUAUUUAACAUCAAGUUGCUAAAUUAUUACAAUCGAAGUGUUUUAUUGAUUGAUCAGUGUCGUCGCCAUAUUUAUUGUACAAUGGUGUUGCUACAGUUAAAUAAUGAGAAUGUUGCCCUCACGUGUACAUAUUUUUUCCGCAAAGUAGACAAAUUGUUAAUGAUAUUGAGAACUUAUCGGUAAAUAAAUAAUUUACGAACUUUUUGAA